UUCUGAUACCCUGAUCCUUAAAGCUCCUGAAAACAACUGAAAACCGCAAAUAUUUCUUCUGUCCUUUAAGGAAGGGGCGCCAAUUCACAGCCUCCUAGUCUCGUGUCAAAAAGCACAAAAGUGCAUCCUAAUAGGCAAUGGAGUGCCAGUAUCAUCGUAUUCGUCGGCCCGAGAUCUAGACAGCUACGAGAGUAAUAGAAGACGGUCGCGUGCGUGUUCUGCGAUCGUCGAUUAUUUGUGUUUUCGACGAUUGAGUUUUUUUGCUAUAAAAACUUAUUUUGAAUUCGGCUUUUUAAUCGUCAGUAGUGUAUCUACGUGUUAUUUCUAUUGGAAUAAAAAAGAAUGAAACUGCUUCUCCAAAAAUAACACCUUCAUACAAAGUAAUAUAACAAAAUUCCUUCUAACCCACCACCCUAAUAGUGAAUGCGGUGCCUCAAAAGAAAACGCCCCAGGUGUAUUAGCCACCUCCUGGUGGCGAUAGUUUGUGCUUUAGCUCUAACAACUGUGGCGUGUUUAGUGGCCGAAACAUCGCCUCGAGAAAUUACUAAUUUUGUGUCGACAAAUGUACUUACAGAUGGUGAAGUUGAAACAAGGAUAUAUUACAAGGGGCUCAGUGCCAAAGAGACGAGAGUGGCAAGUGGAUCAAAUUAUGGCCUUACAUUUCGUCAGCUAACCCGAAAUUCGCACUUUAUCCAAAUGAUCUACGACGAAGACCAUCAGUUGAUAGACUGUGAGUUUGGUCAUGAUCAAAACCAAACGAAAACGUUCCUAUCUAGUUUUAAGCGUGAUUUAAGUAAUUUAAUAACUACCUCAAAUAUAACUAUGGAAUCUUUAGAUGGUAAACAGUUACCACAAGAAUUUCACUGGAUGAAUUAUACUCAUCUCAGAGAAGAUUGUCGAAAAAGGCAUAAAGAAAUUAGAGCUAGUAUGAAAAAGGAAAAGGAAUUCCUAGAUAGCCAAAGGUCGAAACGAAACGUCGACGAUAUUUUUCGAGUGCCAGGUACAAAAUGGUGUGGCAAAGGAUAUUCUGCCGACAAAUACACCCGACUAGGAGGAUUCUCCAGAACAGAUCGAUGUUGUCGGAAACACGAUCUUAGGUGCCCAUUCUGGAUAAAUGGAUUUGAGACAAAAUACGGUCUCUUCAAUUGGAGGAUAAAUACUCUCAUGCACUGUAACUGCGACGAACGUUUCAGGGCUUGUCUGAAGAGGGUUGGUUCCAGUGAUGCCAAUCUUGUAGGAAAAUUGUUUUUUAACAUUGUACAAACCAAAUGCUUUGUCCUAAAACCGAAGAAGAAUUGUGUUAAAUACUCUUGGUGGGGAAAAUGUGAAAAAUUCAAGAUGGUCAAACAAGCCAUACUAAGAGAUAAUUUACCAUAUUGACAUAGUUAUAGAUAGAAUAAAGGUUUCAAUUCCGUUCAUUAUAAAUCAGGAAUCAAAAACGUGGCUUCCGAAAUAUAUAUAACAUGCUUGUAGUAUUAUUUGCAGAAUCUGAUCCAUAUGUUUUAUUAAUUUUAUUAUACUCUUUGUAUUAAUAAGCAAUCAUUUCAAUGUGAAAGUAAUACUUCAUAAAUAAUAUUCAUCCAUAUAAAUAAUAAAAUGAUAAGAUUACAAAUAACCCUCUAUUGGUCGCGCCUGAAUCUAAGUAAUGUAGUUUAUUUAUCGUUUUCUUGAUAACAGUCAAUGGUAGGAGUACGAAAUGCAAAGAUAUCUCAACCCAAUGGGUCUUGAAUCAUGUCCUAGUGGGAUAGAAUUAAAAUCUCCUUACUGCUGCUGCUUUUGUUUUCAAACCCAAAUAGCGUCGGCCGUGUACCUACACACACGGCGAUUUCUGUCCCGGUAUAAGAUACAAAAACUGUAAUGAAUUUGAUGAUUCAUAUUAGACGAUAAUAUUAAAACGAGGCAAAUGGGUCCAUAAAUUAUUGAUGAUUAAGAGCAACUUGACUAUUUUUUACGGGCGAAAUAAAACAGUUUCGGCGUUUCGUGUUUCCAAAAAGUCGUGCCUAUUUUAGCAGCAUUUUCUGAUACACUCUCCUUUCGUACUGUUGCAUUGCAAUCAAAGAUAUAUGUUUCUUCUAAAGACGUUUCUAUCCCGAGAGGAAAUCGGGAAUCAUUUUAUUCUAUAAUGGGAUAAAUUCAGAUGUAGCUAUCGUCGACAAGCUAAUUAUGGCCAAUCAACAAGAAGGUGGUUAAUGGUGAGUUUUUAAUACCUCCUAGAACUGAACUCUCUCAUAUAGAGAAUAACUCGAGAAGCGUGAUUUAAACAACUACGAAAUCUAACAUAAUUUUUGAAAACAUAUAAUCUUGCAUCAGAUCCUCAAACAGGAACGUAUAGGGUACAAUAGAGAUGGCGUUGAUAACCAUGCUAUUAUGUUGGUUGGAAGACAUCGUUCAGUGCUUAUAGUUGUUCGAAAUGGGGCCUUUCUUGCGAUCCAUUAUCUUUUUUUCACUCGAAAGUGUGAUCACAAUAGCAUGUUAUUUGGUAUUUCACCCUGUAUAGACUAACUAUUAAUAUCAAUAAUAAAAGUCUUUGGUUUCUUUGAACAGAGUUCUAUAUACUUACCAAGAUGUGGAGUUAUUCCAAUUGAAUAACACAGCACAGCUAACCAUAUGACACAAAUCUGCGACCCAAUGGAGGGUUAAAGAGAAUCACAAUCAUCACCAAAACAACAUACUUAUAAUUUUGGAAAAUCGUCAAGCUAAUUUAUAAAAGUAAUAACAACCGAAAAAAUGCUUCUGUUGUUUCUUAUACCUCUGCAAUAUCUGGUGAUACAUUUGCGUAAUACAGUAUUAUAUCUGUCAUGAUCUAAACGUAGGUAUUAAUUACGUCUUAAUUAGAAGUUAAUGAUAAGAUAAAUUUUUAAAUGUAUUACUAUUAUUGUAAAAAGAGUUAUAUGAGUUAUAUGGUUAUAUUGGUUUUGCACCAACAGAUUGAACUUCAAAAUUCCUUUUAUCCUCUAAUAAGACUUUCAAUUUCGAUCAAAAAUUAACUAUAAUAUUAAGUACAACAGUUUUUAUAAGGCAUUAGUGCCUAUGCUAGACAAGAAUUAUAUAUACUGUCAGAUUGUCAAUUAGUUAAUUCAACAUGUUACAACUGUUAUGAGUUUUUUCCAUAAUUUGCAUAUUAAAGAAAAUAAUGAUGUGGCUUAUUUUGAAUUCUAUAGUAAUUUACAUUCAAGCCUACCAUAAGGUGCACUGUCCUCGAGAUUCGCACAAAAACUCGCAUCAUAUGAUAUCACUUCUUACAAAGCUUUAGAUUUUUUCAUGCUAAUAAGGGAGUUUGAAAAUGAUCUGCAAAAAAAUAUUUCGGUCAAACGUCAGGACAACUUGAAACUGCAAUUGUUAAGUUGUAUGAGCAAGUUAUUGCCAAGACCAGUGUUUCCGAAAGAAGUAUUCGAAGCAUUAUCUUUGAUCUUUCAGACUGCAAAAAAAUAUAAAAAUAACAAAAUCGACUUAUGCGACGAAGAUAGACGUGUAUUACAUAGAAAAAAAAUACGUAUAUAAAUUCGAGUUCAAAACGUCCUACGACGUUGUUCGAUGCCUAAAUGCCACUCCUUCCUGUCGCUGCUGUUCUAAUCAUACAUUUUUCAUAUACCCAAAAAUUUUCUCAUUAUAUGCAGCCAUUACAAUCUUGAUCUCCCUCUCUUUCUGUUCUCUUGUGGGAUCCACCUCAAUAUUUUUUUGGCAAACUUUCCUCCUCUUUCUUCUGCACGUGCCCGUACCAAAUCAACUAAUUUUUCUAAAUAUAUUUUAUAAUUGUUUGUUUUAGAUUCAUUUGUUUUUUUAUUGUGUCGUUUCUGAUUCGAUCUAACCUUGACUUCUAUUUAUUUUUCUUAUGGCGUCCAUUUCCGUGGCUUUUAUUUUUUUCUUUAAUUUUUCUUUUAUUCUCCACCUUUCCGAUCUAUAUACCACUCCCAUCAUAGCAUUGUAGAUUCUCAUUUUUCAGUAAUCCACAUCAUUCCCUUCAGUUAUUGUGUUUGCUCUGUUUAUUCUAUAUUAUAUUUAUGUUUUCUGUAUGUAUUCAUAUUCACAGUUCUCACAUCUCGCUAUAAUUUCGUUGUUUCCCUUAAACGUUUUCUACGUUCAUCUGCAGUCACUAUUUUCCGUAUUCUUCCUUUAGUUUGCGUGCUAUAGAUUCUAAGUCAUAUCUGUCGUUUUUGCACAUAUUAUCUGUUCAUCUGCAAACUGAGGGGUGUACAACUAGGUAUCAUCAUCGAUUUUAAUCUCCAUUCUUUUGCAUUUCUUCUUUCGAGUUGUUAGAGAUUUUGAAACAUAUAUUUUGAUAAUCAUUGGGGGGAUACAACACCCGUGUCUCAGGAAGUAUGAAGAUUCCGAUACUUUAUAUUCGGUUUUUAUUGCAGACUUAAUAUCUUCAUACAAGUUCUCGAUAGCCUUUAUUGACAAAUACAGACUUUUGCAACGUCUGAUCGAAGGAAAAAUCGAGGGAAAACGUUGUUCUGGCAAACGACAGAGUUUAUUGCUGAAGAAUAUUUGCGAGUGGACCGAUUUAGACUCUCAGACGCUGAUGAGAAGGGCCAGAGAUAGAAAUGACUUUGCCGGGGUUAUCGCCAACCUUCGUUAGAAGAGGGCACCCAAAAAAAAGAUAGCCUUUAUGACGGUAUGAUAAUUGUUGGUAGUUUCAAAAACUUCCGAUAAUUUCAAUAUUGGUAUGUUAAAUUAAGCCUUUUGUAAAUCCAUGAACAUUGGAUACACUGGUCUAUUUAUUUCUGUUUUUCUUUUCUAUUAAAUGCUUUAAAGAGAACACGUUGUAUGUACAGGUCCUUCCAGCUCUAAGUCCAAACUGUUCUUCUACAUAAUUAGUGUAUUCUUAUACCCCUUAUUUUCUUGUAGACACCCUCGGGUAAAUUUUCACCAUUUUGUAAAUAUACAAGCUAAAGAUUCCAAGGGCUCCAUUUUUUAUUAUUGCAGCAUUAAUUUCACCUGGAUCCGCUUUUGUUGUUUUUACAGAGCAAUUUCGGAAAAUUUUUUUCGGAACACAAAUAUGUAUAUGGAUAAAACUAAUAUUCAUUGUCAUGACUGUAGAUACUUAUUGCACAAAUCAUCCCAAUGAAAAAUUCUCAAUGUCCAUAUAAUCAAAAGGACAAAGACUAAUUCAUGUUGACAGUGAGAAUAGUAUCACUUUAGAUUACCAUAAGAUUUUUAAAAAAUUACAUAACAAUGGACAAUGCUCCUUAUUAUUAAAUUUAAAAGAUGAUGCACCGAAUUUGGAUUGCAGAAAACAAGUUGUGAUAGCGGGAUAGCGGUUUAUAUCUAUAUUAUUUUGAAUAUUAAUUGUAGUCUUAAGAAUCCAGUAAUUAAUUCAGAAGGUUGAUGGUUUUAAGAUUUCACUGAAAAAGCAUCAACGUUGCAAGUCAAGUGAUGUCACGAUAAAAUACUUAUAAAGCUCAAGCUAUUAUCAAAGUUGCCUUCCUAGAUAUCGAAAAUGGUCUCGAAAGUAUGGGAAUUUGUUCCAUAGUGAUAAAAUCAUAUAAAGAACACUUUCAGUGUGAUUUUUAUUUUGGAAGUUUUAAUUAAAUAUAAAUAAUUAUAAAAUCGAAAUUUUUUAUUGGUUUUCUGUUCCGCUUAUAAUGUACCAUGUUAUAUAUGUAGAUGUUAUCUUCUACUCUACCAUUCUUUUAAUACCCCUAUUAGUCAAAGUAAUAUUUAUGUUCGCGAUCUUAGCACCUCAUUUGCGGAAUUUCCAUUGACCAAUUAUACCAUCUGAAAGGUCAGGAAUUGGUCAUAAAAGGUCAGUUGGUCUUAUUAGUUGGUCAGCGUUAGAAAAUUUUUGCUAAACGGCCCAAAGUAUGCGCCCUAAGACAAUUACAACUUUUUUUUUUUUCGAUAAUCACUUGACCAAAUAUUCAUAUAAGCUGACUAAUUAUCAGCAAAUGCUUCCUGAUCGCGCAUAGGAGGAAUUGUUCAUUUUUUCGCGAAUGAGGUGCUAAAAUGUCUCAAUGACCUUGAAAAACUGUCUCAUCACACAUCACUAAUGUAACCAUAUCACAUUAUUAGAUCACUAUUCACUUAAACUACAUAACAAUAGAUUGAGACGACUAUUUAUGGUACUCAGAGAUCUAAAACUCAAAUGUUUGACGUAUACAUUUACGACCAGUAAAUCGACAGAUAAAUAUGUUUCUUUCAAGUUCUUUGUUUGGUGAAAAAGACUUCUAAUUAUGAUACAAAUAGAAAAA